AUGUCUUUGCAGAGUCAAGAGCAGGUGCAUGAGCACGCCGAAAAGCCAGUCGAUGCUCAGUCCAAAACUUCUGGCAGUCAAUCAGAUGUGCCCAACGCCUCUGAGAAAACAGCAGCAACAGGGGAUCUCCCUGGAUGGAAGGCCUUUCUGAUUUGGCUGGCCAUCUCUUUUGGGGUAUUGUGCACAUUUCUCGACGAGGGAAUCAUUGCAACCGCCAUCCCAAGAAUCACAGAUGAUUUCGGCUCUCUGAAAGAUGUUGGUUGGUAUGGAUCGGCGUACCAGAUGACUCUGUGUGCUUUUCAGCUGGUGUUUGGUCGCAUGUACAAUCAAUUCAACAUCAAGAUUGUCUUUUUGGCCUCCCUCGGCAUCUUUGAAGUCGGCUCUCUGAUUUGCGCGGUCAGUCCCAGCUCGGCCGUGUUCAUCGUCGGCCGCGCGAUCGCCGGUCUAGGAGCUUCAGGCUUGCAAGGCGGCAGCUUGGUUCUCAUAUCCGCAGCUUUACCAGCGAAGAAGUUGCCUCUGUACUUGGGCGCGAUUGGCAUGGUAUACGGCGUUGCAGCGGUCGUUGGACCGGUUGCUGGAGGUCUCAUCACAAACAGCUAUUUGACCUGGAGAUGGUGCUUCUACAUCAAUCUCCCAAUUGCGGCUCCUCCCGCUGUAGCGACGUUGUUCCUGUUCAAGUCGCCCCCACCAACCCAAGAACAACGGCGGCCUUGGCUGCAGAAAAUCCGGGGUUUAGAUUAUCUUGGCAUGGUCCUUCUACUUCCAGGGAUCACCUCAUUUCUUCUCGCCCUUCAAUUCGGCGGUACUUUGUUUUCAUGGAGCGACGCUCGCACGAUUGCAUGUUUUGUAGUCGCCGGAGUGCUUGUAAUUGCUUUUAUGGCAGAGCAGUGGUGGAUGGGUGAGAAGGCAUUGGUGCCACCUCGCUUGAUCAAGAUACGUGUUGUCAUUUUUGGCGCCUUCUUCGGAUUCUGCAUCGACAGCGCUUUCUUCACUUUGGUUUACUACGUGCCGCUAUGGUUUCAGGCAAUCCAAGGUGUUACUCCGGAGCAGUCGGGUGUGCGCUACUUGGCGCUCUGCUUGGCAUUUAUCUUCACCAUUUUUAUGAGCGGUUGGGGUGUUACCAAGACAGGAUAUUACCAACCGUUCAUGCUGGCAGGGACAGUGUUGAUCGCGGUCGGCGCAGGUCUCCUUUCAACUCUUCGAGUUCAAUCCGGCGCAGGCCAGUGGAUCUCAUUCCAAGUCAUUGCCGGCUUGGGUAUUGGAGCCUCAACUCAGCAAGCCGCUGUUGCAGUCCAAAGCACUCUGACUGAAGGAGAUGUCGCGAUCGGUGUAGCGGUUGUUCUGUUCUUCCAAUGUUUUGGACCAACUACAGCUAUAACCAUUGCUCAAGCUGUAUUUUCGAGUGACUUGGCUUCGGGCAUUUCGACCAAGAUUCCUGGCGUGGACCCUCAAAAGGUCCAGAGCGCCGGCGCUACGCAGUUGACCAGUCUAGUUUCCCCGGAGAAGCUGAGUCUUCUUUUGGAAGUGUACAAUCAUGCCGUUACACGGACGUUUUUGGUUGCUGCUGCCAUGGCUGCCCUUAGCAUUGUUGGUGUUGCAGGGGUUGGGUUGAAGAAAAUACCAACGGAAGAUAGCUCUGACAAGACAGAUGAGGAGACUAAGUAG